UAUCAGGAUCUUAAUUCAUGUCUGUUUUUGAGGAAUCAGUUUCACUUUUUGGGGUGUGGUAAGACUGUUAGUUUAUGCUUUUCUCUCAGUGUCCAUUCCCAAACAUCAGAAAUAAUCUAAAGUCACUCAUUUUGCUGAAUUUCUUCAAACAUAUUUUAUUCUGCCAUUAUUUACUUCCUCGGGUUAUGUUUCACCGUGGCUUUAGAGUCUAAUUCCAGCAUUCAAAUCCUCUUAGCAACCUUGAGCUAAUUUCAGUGAAUAGAACAGUGUUGUCAAACGAGCCUCAUUAUAAGAAAGCCCUCCUCAAGCAGCCUAAAACACACCACUGGAGAAGCUGACCACAUAGCAGUCCAGCUAACAUCAAGGAACGAGACGCAAUAAGACAACAACAUGUCUGACAGAGGACUAGUUGAGGAGGAGUUAGCUGUGAGUCACACAGGACCAAAGGGAGUAAUUAAUGACUGGCGGAAGUUUAAGCUGGAGAGUAUGGAUCAGGAGUCGUUACCUCCCAACAAGAGGGAGCUGCUGAAACAGAUGUCAUCUCCUCUCAACCCUAAGGAGGAGUCCCUGGGUUCAAGUCACAAGAUGAGCAUCCAGGAGUAUGAGCUGCUUAAGGAGGAUGAUGAGCAGUGUCUACGCAAAUACCGCAAGCAGUGCAUGCAGGAGAUGCAUGAGCGCCUCAGCUUUGGGCCCAGGUUCAACGGUGUGCAUGAGCUGGACAGCGGUGAGGCAUUUCUUGAAGUAAUUGAGAAGGAGCACCGGCUCACUGUAGUGGUGGUGCACAUCUACAAAGCUGGUGUCAAGGGCUGUGAGGUGCUGGACAGGUGCCUGGACUGCCUAGCUGCUCAGUAUCCCAGCGUCAAGUUCUGCCGCAUCAAUGCAGCUGUGUCUGGUGCAGGUGAACACUUCUCUGACAACGUUCUACCAGCUGUGCUGGUUUACAAGGGUGGAGAGAUGCUGGGAAACUUUUUGGCGAUCACACAGCACUUCAACGAUGAGUUCCUUGCCACAGACGUGGAGGCCUUCCUCACUGAAUAUGGACUGCUGCCUGAAAAAGAUUUCAGACCAGCUGGGGACGAGGCAGAUGUGGAGUGAGUAAGGAAGGGAGGGGAAAAAGUUUCACUUCAUUAUUCUGCAGGUUCCUAUGUGAAAGCAGUAGUAAAAUCUGAAAAGAUCUGGGUUAAACAUAGCACCAAAUUGUUGCCUCAUAUUUAUUAGAUUGUUGGGCCAGUUCUUUUUGGACUGAUUAAAAUGUUCUAAUAUUGCUUUUACUGUAAAAACGCAGGAGGUAGUGACAUCUGUAUGAUGACAUCUGUGACAUCUGUAUGAUCUGUAUGUGUAUCAUAACUGCAAACUGUUCUACAAUUGAAUUACAAUUAGUCUACAAAGCUACAUUUUUCAGAUAUAAUGUACAAUAGAAAAGAAGAGCCGAGUGUCAUCUGUAUGAAUGAGAUAUGAAUCAGAAUCAUCUCAGAAAACCAGUGCCAUUAGCUGAUAUUAGUCAGCUAGUAUAGUGCAGAUAUAUUAAAAUAUAUUUAUUAAUGUAGUCAAGUCACAACUCCAGAAAGAGGUUAGGGGUCGGCAUCAACCAUAAUCAUUCUCCAAGUUGAUUAAAAAAUAAAAUCUCCAAAAAUCAUAUGAAUGGUGUCUUUUAAUUCUCUGAUCGAGUGUCCAGUCAAC